AUGUCAUUAAUUGAAGAGUCAUCCGAGCGUAUCUAUGAAUUGAUUAGGGAAACAGUGCCACUUGCGCCACUGUUACUUUCCAAAGCUAUUGCACUUCCAAACUCAGAGGAGAAGGGGUUUUCUCCAAUUUACAGAAGUGCAUACAGUCCAGAUAAAUUGAUUACAAAAAUGUAUCCCUCAUUGGAUACAUUGUAUGCUUUGUUUGAAUUUGGGUACCAGUUUUAUAAGGACCGUCGUGCCUUCGGUGUUCGGAAAAAAUUACCUGAUGGUACUGCUGGUAGAUACCAAUGGCAAAACUAUCGCACUGUAAGACAAAGACGCAACAACUUAGGCUCGGGGAUAUUCUUUGUCUUGGAGAAUAAUCCAUAUAGGAGCAAAAGUGAAAUACACCAAAACUUGGCUUAUGAACCUUUGAAGAAGAACGAGUAA